AUGCCAAGCAAUUCCCUUCCACGCGAAGUGUGGGACCUCAUCUUUCAAUACCUCAACUACCGUAAACUCAUGAAGGCCAUUCGAUUCGCGAACGAACAUGGCUCCGGGGUGGACGUGGUCGACGACGGCUCUGCCGCCGUGUGCAAGACCACCCGCACGGGCUACCCGCACAUCUUCUCGCACACCGCGUGGGUCACCUACGAGGCCGACACCGCCACCGCCACCCCGCACUCCAGCCUCGCCAGCCGCAACAGUCGAUCCAAAGAGCAGCUUUACCUCGCCCACUUCUCCAUCGACGAAGAGCCCAGCAUCUACUUUUCGAUAUCACUGAGCAUGGUGCGGACGGCGGUGGCGCGGGUCGACUGUCCGCUGCAUUUCAUGAUCAGCUACUUCGGGGACGGUGACCUCCACGCUUACGGAUCCCGCGCCAAUUAUCGGGAGUCGAAUCGUGACGAAGCGCGGUUCAAGAAGGGCGACAUCAUCAGCGUGCAGCUCGGCAUGUACGAUGCCUACAAGGCCCACCAGAGCUACAAGUUCACCCCCAAACCCCAGGAAUGGCGGAGGGUGGUCGAGGCGAAGAACACGCGAUCGCGCAUCUACGACGAGUCCGUGACCAACCGGGACCGCUUCCCUUCCUAUCCCUACGUCAUCUUCUUCAAGAACUUCAAGAUGGUCCACGACCCCAUCGUGUUUCCCGACGUGGAGCAGUGGCCGGUGUACGUGGGCGCGUUCCUCACGAAGCAGGGCGAGAAGGUGACCCUGAUGACCCCGUCGCCCCCGGCCCAGAGGUUCGCGCCGGUCUUCCCCUAUCCGCCGGACAGGAGGAGCCGCGAGGAGGACGAGCGGGAGCUGAGGGAGCGCGAGGCCCGCGAGAGGCGCGAGCUCGAGCGAUGGGAGGAGAGCCGGCUCCUUCUCCUUCUCCUGCUUCUUCUUCCUCUCGCUCUCCUUGCGUCGAUCGCCUUCGUCCGAGUGGCUGCGCGUGCGGUUCAUCCAUCGCGAAGGAAAUCAUAA